AUGGUGAAAGAUACAACAUAUUAUGAUAUCUUACAAGUUGAGGUGACAGCAACUGACGUUGAAUUGAAAAAAGCUUAUAGAAAGCAAGCUAUCAAAUUGCACCCUGAUAAAAAUGCCAAUGAUCCUAAAGCUGCUGAAAAAUUUCAAGAAUUGGGCGAAGCGUACGGUAUUUUACUGAAUCCUGAAAGUAGAAAGAUAUAUGAUGAGUUUGGGGUUGAAGGAAUGAAGGAAAAUCCAACCAUGCAACAAGCUGCCGAUAUAGAUCCUGCGGAAUUUUUCAAUAUGAUUUUUGGUGGUGAUUCAUUCAAGCAAUGGAUCGGAGAAUUGAGUAUGUUGAACGAUAUGUCGAGAAUGGGGGAGAUUAUUACUGAAGAUGAAGUAGAAUUAGAUAAUGUUGAAGAGGAAAGUAAACUGGGAAAACAGCAUGGAGCUACUGAUUCAUUGAAUGAGUCUGUUCAAACAUUGACAAUUUCUGAUAACAACAACAACAAUAAUACUAAGGUAUCCAGCAGCAACAAUAAACCAACAUCAAACUUAACUUCAGAAGAAAUCAAAAAAUUGAAGAAACAAAAGAUCAAUGAACAACAAAGAGAACAAAUGUUAAAGUACCAAGAAGAAGCUAAACAAGCUAAGUUGAAACGUAUAGAUGAUUUAACAAGUGCAUUGUUAAAAAGAAUUGAGAACUAUCAAUUGUCUAAAAACAAUAAGGAAGCAUUGGACAGUUUCACAAGAAAAUUACAAACAGAAUUUGAGGAUAUGAAAAUUGAAAGUUUUGGGAUUCAAUUGUUGCAUUUGAUUGGUAAAAUCUAUAUUGACAAAGCCAAUGCUACUAUUCAUGCAUCAAAAACUUUUGGUGUAUCAAAAAUUUUCACUUCGGUUAAAUCAAAGACAGAAACAGUCAAAAAUGGUUAUUCAAUUUUGAAAACCGCAGUUGAUGCUCAGUUAUCAAUUGAACAGAUGGUUAAGGAACAAGAACAAUUUUUAUUAGCACAGGAAGAAGGACACCAGCCAACUCAAGAGGAAUUGGUAAAACAAGCAGAAAUGGAAAGAAUCAUCACCGGUAAAUUCUUAGCUACUGCAUGGGCAACUACAAAGUUUGAAGUCACCGAUAUCUUGCGUAAAGUUUGUCAUAAUGUAUUGCGUGAUAAAACCAUUUCCAAGAAGGAACGAGUUGCUAGAGCAGAAGCAUUGUUGUAUAUCGGUAAAGAGAUGUCGAAAGUUGAAAGGUCCCCUGAAGAGGAAGAAGAAGCAAGAAUAUUUGAGGAAAUGAUGGCAGAGGCUCAAGCCAAGAAAUCUUCCAAAAAGCAAAAAUCAAUGAAUAACAAGGAGUUAGAAGAAUAUAUGAAGAAAAUGGCUGCUGAGAAUGCUGAAGCAGAGGAAAAUUGA